UUGACACCAAUCAUUUCUAUUUGAUUUAAAUAGUAGGGUUUGCUUAAUUAUGUCUACUAAAUUGCCUGCUUAUUUACAUGCUAAAUCCUUCAUUUAAAAAAAAAAUCUUUUACUAUAUAUUUGUUAUUGUUUUCUAGUAAUUUAAUGGUUUAUAUUGACCUGAUUGUGAUUUAUUCUGUAAUUGAGUUUUUGGUCUGAAUGUGAAACACACUUCUUUCAACAUGAGAAGAAUUCUUUGUGUUAUCUUGGGCUUAGGUACUAUCAGCCUGGCUAUUUCAACUCACGCCCCUGUUCAGUAUGUGCCACUGGGCAGCAAAGUUACGAUACCUUGUGAUGGUUAUGGUGAACGCAGGACUGGCAAGUGGUUACACAGAAAUGAUGACAAUGAGUUUACGAUUAUUAUUCAUGAAAUGUCGGGCUACAUUUUCCGAAGCAAACAUCUGUCAACCGGGAAAAAGAUUAUCAAGAACUUUGCUUUAGAAAUCAGUCCUUUCACUGAGCUGGACAAGGGGACAUAUGUUUGCCAAAUGUGCAAAUCAAAGAAAUGCACUUACAGCAAACCAAUAACCUUAUUACCUCAGUUUGACAUAUCUUCUACAACAUUAAGCACACUGUUUGUUAAAGAAGAUGAUCGAUUCAGUUAUAGCUGUCGCUACAAUUUAACAUGGAAAGCGGACUGGAGAUUUAAAGCACUUGGAGAAAAUACUGCCAUUUCUGUAAACCGUGAAUUUACUAAUAAAAAUGCAUUGUUUAUUCCGGAUGUUCAGCCAACUAAUGCUGGCAAGUACAGCUACUGGGGUGAGACAUCAACUGGACAACAGCAGAGAGUCUGUUCUGUGACUCUGUGUGUACUUUCAGUUAAUGCUGAAAAGCUGACUUAUUCGCCACAGAACUGUACCCUGUACUGUGAUGCGGAUAUGGAUACAGAUGAAGGAGGCUUGGUUGUUGUAGGAAAAGAUAAGUGGAAUAUCUCAGUUGCUGGUAGACUGAAUAAGCCAAAGAGCUCUUUGAGUUGCAGGCUGCUAAACAGUGAUGGGGGGGGACAUACCUUUGGCCUUCAGGAUGCCACUUCUACUACUCAGUCAUAUGCCAUUUCAUCCAUAACUGCAGACAACAGAAGCCAUUUCCUAGUAGCUGCAUUAAUAACCACAUCUACAGCUUUUCUUUUCAUUGUGAUGAUAGCUCUUUUUAUACUUCUGCGUGUUUUACGACAGAGGGCAGACAAAAACUCUAGUAGAAGUGCAAAUGGACAUUUAGAGGGGGAAAUCGAGUCUCAGGUGAUUUAUUCUACUCUUCAAAUUGCGAGAUAUAAACAAGAGAAUGUCAUUACAUCUGACACCGAGUGUGUGUACAGUCAGAUUAUGGUUUCUAAUAGUAUUUGAUUGUUGUGUUCUUGGCCUGAAUUAAUAAUGUUUAUUGCAAUACAAAUUAAUCUUUAGCACUACUGUGAUGUCAAUUGUUUAUCAGAUUAUCAAGUUGAAGAUGUUCAUCUGCUGAAGAUAUAUCUGUAACAUGCUGUGUCCUUGGUUGUUUAAAACAUAUGUCUUUUUCAAUAUUUUCUUGAACUUGUACUAAGUAUAUUCUGUGUACUUAUUUUCAGAAAUG